AUGGCGGUCAUCAAAAAGGUCAAAGUCAGUAUUUGCAGCGGUGGCAAGAAGUUGCAAGAGUAUCACCCUCCGGACAACGAUGCUUCUCCAGACAUGAAAGACACGCCUGAUGACACCCUAGUGAAAUAUAUUCAAGGCGUCUCCGAUGCGAAUUUCACAAUCGCCUUUAGGGUUGGGAAGAAAUUCGGGUUCGGAAAAGCCAAUUAUUUGCGGUUCACGGUCACCGUCGACGGGGAACACCUUGGAGGAAACGUCUGUACGAAAGAAGACUACCAAAAGGGUGGCAGCGUGUGGAAGCACAGGUAUAAGGGUCUCACUGAGCUGUCCAGCAAUGGCCAGGGAGUUUGCUAUCCGCUUCGUUGGGCUAGUCUGACCUCGACCGAACAGUCCUGCGAGGGACAAGAUAUAAGAAACUAUCAGAAUCUCGGCACAAUCAAGGUGGGGGUGUGGCGGAUGAACGGUGGAAAAGGUACUCCGAAGCCGAAAGUACGGAAAGGGAAGAUCCACGACCCAGUUCCCGAGAAGGCCAUCAAAGGCGAAGCAAUCGACCUCAGAGCCAAUCUCGACGUCCCCAGACCUCACAAAGCGGGCAGUUUUUAUAAAGGUACCAAAGUCGAUGACAAGCCCUACGCAGUCUUCAUUUUCAAAUACCGAAGCAAAGAAUCGCUGGAAGCUCUCGGCAUACUUGAACGACCUCAAACCCCUCAGCCGUUGGAGGAGAGAGAUAUCGAGACCCUUUCUCCUGAUGAACUCAAGGAACUGGCUCGUCGGCUCAAGGCAGCGCAAGCGGAGCAAAAGGUCAAGAUCAAGAAAGAGAAUGCAGAGUCCAACCUCACCCAGCUUGCUGACCUCGAAAGAGGUAGGAACGAUGCCGACGACGACGAGGUCGAGUUUGUCGGCGAGCAGCCUGUCAAAAGAGUUUGCAUCAUAGGACCGGUUAUCGAAUAACUCGUCUCAGAUCUCGGGCUUCGUGGACGAGGGAAACCACCCACAUCAUCACAGGGCGUGCCGUUCGCUUUCGAGCGAGCAGGAAAAAUGGUAUUAGCGAAGGACAAGCUUGGGCGGAUCUGGCACAUCCUUUAGUCAAAGCAGCCACAUGGAGACAGGGGAGUCUUAUGCUGAGAUUCGGAGGCAGGCGUCACAGUGCUUGCGCAACUAUGGCUCUAUACAUGAUUUGGGCUUGCUUCUCGAACAAUUGAUUCUAGCUGGGACUUGAUUCCCAUUUUGUCCCUUAGUACUUAGCUUCUGUUGUUCCUCUCUCGCGGCGAACAGUCCUCCAAAGGGUUCUAGAGUUGGCAGCCGCUCAAGUCUGGCGGGAAGAUUCAGCUUCGUCUGGGAAAGUAACCGUAACCACUG